GACGUUGACGCGCUGCAACUGCAACCGUUGUGUUGAUCUGUCAUUAUCUGUCAAACAAUAGUCAUCAAAGUGCCAAAUUGUGCGCCAAUUUUGUGUUGUGUUGCAGUAAAUAUUUCAAUAAAAACGGUGUAAUUUCAGUAUAAUUAGUGAAUAUUCUGGUGCCCAAUGGAAGUGCCAGUGACCCCCGAGGGAGGGCGGCGCACGCGGGCGGCGCUGGCCGAGAUCCCGGCGCGGCUGGACCGGCUGCGCGUGUCCACCACGCCGCUGCAGCAGCUCACCAACACCAGGGAGAUGUCGCCGGCGCUGCCGCCUGGGUAUCUGAGUCCGGCGCCGUCGCCGGAUGAAAUGGUUAUACAGCAGAGAGGGCGCAGACUGAUGCCAGUGACGUGGUCACCCGACAUAGAGCUGAAGAGGAACUCCACAUUCCACUCCACCAUCAGGACUCCUCCUAAGAACACUCCCAACCGUCACUCUCCACUGAAGCUAGGGGUCACCCUGCGCUCCACACCGCGCAAGCGACUCAUGUUGGGUGAUGUAGAGAGGGUUCCACUCACUCCGGAGAAGAUCGACUUCAGUGACAUCAGCACCCCUCAGAAGCUCAAGAUCACCAGCCCUGUGAAAGGCACUCCACCAGCCAAGCGGUGCAGGAUCGAGAGAAAGCUUGAAGAGUUUAAGGGCCCAAUCGACACGGCUCUCAAAGGCCUCAGCCCUGUACAACUCAUCAACAUGAUUAAAGGCAUUGUGGAUAAACACCCAGAGAUAGAGCAGGAGGUGAGGAAGACCAUGCCAGUGCCUGACCUGAGCCCUCUGGAGGAGAAGUUGAGCUAUUUGAAGUGCAACAUCUUCAAGAGCCUGCCGACAUCUCGGCUCAUGUCCAAGACGGACUCUCCUGCUUAUUCCCGCGUCUCGAUACACUUGGCUGCUUUUAAGAAGUGCGUCGUCGAACAGGGGAAGACGCUGGUGGAGUCUCAACACUGGGACUCUGUGCUGCAGUACGCCUUCAUAGCUUGGAGCUAUGUCAAAGCGACUCCGGUGUGGGACAUACAGCCUCACAACAGUCAGAGGAAGCAGUGUUUCAGGGCGCUGAGUAACUUUUGCCUGACUGCUGUCAAGAAGGGAGGGUUUGACAAGGGUUACCUGAUGGAUGUGCAGGACAAGCUCACCAGCAUGUCGGCUGAUGCUGAUGAUGUGCAGUCCUGCUUGAAGUGUGUGCAGGCGUUGUUACAGGAAUGAUGAACUUCAAUGUCUCUUACGAGAAAUUCUAGCUGAAGUUGGUUUAGAUUACAAUGAUAUGCCAAACAUAAAGUUUUUAGUAAAUUAGGAAAAUUAUAAUAUGGAUUUUUAUGCAUUAUGUUUCGUAUAAUGAACUUUUUAGUUUUUUAUCAAGAUAUUUUGCUUGAAUAUGGUCACGCUUCAAUGCGUGUUUUAACUAUAUUCU